AUGGAGGACGCAAAAGACCUAAGCAGGGAUCAUGCUCAACAUAAUGUAGCUCACAAAGAGCCAGUUGGAUUUUUUGAUCCCCGGAUUAGGGCUGUCAAACGCCGUGUUUGUUACCAAUGGGCCAGAACAGUCUUGCUCCUAUGUCUCGUCAUUCUCAGCGUCAUGUCCCUUUUUUGGGCAUCUCAGUUCUGCGUCUCACAGAAAAUGGGCAAUUUGACCGUCUGGGUAGUUGACUUUGAUGCUCAUCUUGACGGAAAAGAAAAUCCCAUCGUUGGACCAGCCAUCGUGAAAGUAGCCUCCAUGGCUAUUUCAACCCCGCAGAGUUUAACAUACAAGGUUAGGUCACCAGCGGAAUUUGACUACGAUCCUCGGGCACUAAAGCAAGCUAUAUAUGAUGAACACGCCUAUGCGGCUGUUAUCGUAAGUCCAAACGCUACCGGUCUUUUGUUAAAUGCAAUAAGAACGGGAGACUCCUUCUACAAUCCAAGCGGUGCAGCCGAGCUCGUCACGAUCAGUGCGCGUGAGCAAACUACGUACUCGAGUUACAUUCAGCCAGCACUCAACGACUUCGAGCGUGAAGUGAUAGCCUACUUUGGGCCUCGCUGGGUGGAACGACUAGCAAGCCAAAACAACACUUUGACUCAGUUGCUACGCACUCACGCCCCGCAGGCCGUCAAUCCUGCAAUCGGAUUCAAGAGAAUUGACCUACGACCGUUCUCACCGGCUGUGGCCGUACCCGCUGUGACCGUGGGUUUGAUUUACUUGAUUAUUCUGGCAUUUUUUAUCUUUCCAUUCCUGAUGCCAGUUCACAUGCAACUUCUGAAAGGCGAUCAUCCGCCGUUGAAGACCGAACAAUGGGUACUUUGGAGGAUACUAUCAAACAUUGCAGCAUAUUUCUUCCUCUCCCUGUGUUACUCCUUGGUAUCAUUGGCCUUCCAGAUACCGUUCACCAACGAUCCGGCUCCUGGUACCGAAUCUGCUCAGAACCCGAACGCAUACGGACGUGGUUCAUUUGUCGUUUUCUGGAUGUUGAAUUGGGUCGGAAUGGCAGCCCUGGGGUUUCCAUGCGAGAACAUGGCCAUGGUUCUUGGAGCGCCAUAUAGUUCUAUUUUCCUGAUCUUUUGGGUAAUUUCUAACGUUGCUACCGGCUUCUAUGCUUUGGAUCUCGCGCCUUCGUUCUUCCAAUGGGGGUACGCUUGGCCCCUGCACCGCAUUGUCGAGGCCCUACGUACUUUUUUGUUUGGGACCUAUUCACGCAUCGGGUUGGACUUUGGUAUCUUGUUCACAUGGAUAGGUGUCUCGAUUGCUUUCUACCCUUUGGCCAACUACAUCAUGCAGUGGAAGCAGAGGCGGGGAGUCUAA